AUGCAGUCCCUCAGCAAAGUGGACAACUUCCCUUUUGGAGGGAGAGGUCCCGCUGCACCCCCCGCGCCGCGCUUCCCCGACAUCUACGGCGGCGACGCGCAGCUCUGGGAGGCGCAUUUCCGCGGCAUCGGGCGCGCCUAUCGCGCGCUGGGCAAGGAGGACGACUUCGCCAUUCGCGUGCUCACAGAGGACUUCACGCUGCCCUUUCCGUUCGCCUGGCCACCGGGGCCCGACCCGGCCACCGGGCCGCUCUUCUACGAUCCGCGGGACCGCACGGGCUUCGAUUUCCUGCUGCGCGGCCCCGGCGCGUCACCUCCUGCGCUGCUGCAACCCCUGCACGCCACGGCGCAGGCGGCCGAGCGCAAGCGACGCCUGGAGCGCCUGGCGCUGAGCUAUGCGGGUGCAGGUCGGCCUCAUGGCUUGGUGCUGCUGGCACCUGCGACCGCUGCCUUCCCGCCCGAAGCGGGCUGUCCUGCUUGGCGCGCCCUGGGUCGCGACAGCGAAUAA